AGCCGACGAGCUCGGUGAUAUCCUUUAUAUCUUUGAACGUCUCCUUGGGGUCAACAGGUACGGAAGGAACGCUGCUGGUCAUGGGUGAGGCAUCGAUCGCAAGCCAGAUGCGAGUGGCACCUGGAAACGAAAGUCGCGAAAGCAGAGCGCGGCAUUGUGAGGUCUCCCCACGGAAGAUGAGGGUCCGUACCGAGCUCAAGAUACUGGGCGGCUCGGAGGGGAGGAACAGAUUGCGUAAGCAUAGGACCGGACUUGCGGAGAGUCAACUCCCGCAACGAAGGUGCUGCCUCGAGGAAUUGGAUCAGUGUGUCCAGCGUGGGCUGUUUGCCCCUUGAUAACCUAGUGAGAGUAAGGGUCGUCAACUGAGGGAGCACCAAUGGAUCCCAUGCCAUGGACAGACGAUGAAGAGACAGC